UCCUGGCAACACAAAGACAGCUAAUCAGUCGGUACAGAGGCAAUAGAGGGCGUGUGUGUCUUUGUGUUAGAAAGACAUUCUUCUCCAAUUGUGUGUACAAGGGCGAACAUAUUUUCAAGGCAAAACCACCAUGCAAUUUAAGUAAUGUUAAAAAGAAACCAGCUGAACAGAGUAACAAAUUGAUAAAGGUAUAAUGCAGCCGCAAAUAUCAGUCUCUGAUAAAACACAGGUUUCAGAUGAACAGGUUGACUGUUGAUCAGUCACAGUAGACAAUAGCAUGCACGUCGCUCGGGACGAAAAUGCAGCAAUAUUAUAAUUAACAUAUACGGGUUAAAGUAGUCAAGAAAUAAACAGGUUCCAGAAUUUCAGUUCUUUGAAAAUGAGCUCCAACUCAAAUCUUAUGCAACAGCAAAAGGCUCCAUGUAGUGCAGAACUGCUGCCUACGUGCAACAAGACGUACACACAGCUCUGGGUUGGGAACGUGAAACGUGCAGGAUAGCAGGAGGCCAAUGGAGGCUAAAUUAGCCUCCGUUAGCCCAGCGGGAGCUACUGACAGGUUCUUGACCCCCAGUAUGGCAUGUACGUGUGGCCGUCGGCGGUCAUCCUUGCCCAGUAUGCAUGGACGCACCGUGGUCAGCUUGCGGACAAGACCCUCCUGGAGCUUGGGGCCGGUGUGUCUCUCCCGGGGGUGGUGGCAGCCAAAUGUGGCGCCAGGGUGAUCCUGUCCGACAGUGCCCGGUUGCCCCUCUGCCUGGAAAACUGCAGGAGAAGCUGUGCUGCCAACGGGCUGGACGGGGUGCCCGUUAUGGGGCUGACUUGGGGGGAGAUUUCCCCAGCUCUAGUGUUCCUUCCUGCGCUAGACGUCAUCCUAGGAUCCGACGUUUUCUAUGAACCAGAAGAUUUCGAGGACGUCAUUGUGAGCGUCGUUUUUCUUCUGAAGAAAAGCCCCAAGGCAGAGUUUUGGACCACAUAUCAAGAGAGGAGCGCUGACUGGUCCAUAGAAGCACUGCUGCACAAGUGGAAGCUUCAAUGUGUUAGUGUCCCGCUACCUAGCUUUAAUGCUAAUCGGGCUCAACUAGCUGGCUCUACACUUCCGGGCCGACAUACGGUUCAAAUGCUAAUAAUUAAACUGGGCGCCUAGCAUCUAUCCUGGUUAAGUAUUGCUAUGAUGGAGUCUUUCCUUGAAGACUUGUUUGAGAAAGAUACACAGGGAUUUAUUUGACUGGUUCAUGAUUGUUGUAUUACAUUGAGCUUUAUUGUUAGCCUCCUGCAUUUCACAAUGUAUUGCACUGGCACGAUUGUCAAUAAAGCAACUUGAGAGAAAAAAAUACUUGAGGCCAUUUUAGACAAAUCACCAAAUCUUUAUUUUCAUUCACAGCGGAAUAGGUACACCACAUUCAGAGAGAGAUGCAUCAUGGGCAUGUAGCUUUAGCUUGAUUAAAAGAAAUGAAAGCAAACUUCAAUCCAGGUUACCUUUCAGGAUAGACUGGACAAGCAGCAGUCACCCCUUGGUAGUCACAGGAGAAUACUGGACACAACGCCACUUAACAGCUAACCCGCAAUACUCAACCGCUACACAACUGCAGCCUAGUGCACAAAAAAUACAGGGAAGAAGAUUAGAAACCAAAGAAAAAAAAGUCAACUACUGCCAGAUCCUGUAAAAAUACAAUAUACCUUAAAAUCUGUGGUGGACUUCAAAAUUGUGGAUUUAAACUGACUUAAAAAAACAUGUCAAAGAAAAUAGAAAAAAAAAAGAGAAAUGAGACAGGCCGGUGUGACCUGCUAAACAGCCGUCUAGUGAUGAGGUCGUUUUAGAGGACCCACGCAUCUCUGCCCGUUAGUCAAUGCAUUUGGAAAAAUAUAAAAAGAUGCCAUUUUGUUUUAAAGGGGAGGACGACACUAAAGUAACCUUUACACUAGUAAAUCUUUGCUUGGGUGGAAUCCUGUCGUGGCCUUGAAGGUAGGUUGUCCUCGCCUGGAGAGAAACAGUCAAAAUGAAGCAUUGGUUAGGAGAAAUUUAUGUUUAUGCUGAAUCCACUCUGAACACACCACAACUUUGGGCUUGUUGAAGAGCAACCAAACACACUUAGACGACCUGUAGUCUCUACACCAUCGCCGACCCAUGCUUUACUGCCGGGGCAGCAACGCAUGGCUCAGACGAGGCGCUUACCAUCCUACUAUAGCAAACACUUGCAUAACAAGCCGAGGUUAAGAGAUACACAGGAACAUUCACAGAGGAGUAGAGGGAACCAACCUUGGCUGUCCCUGCAGCCCGGCAGUCUCCUGAGCGGACAGCCACCCGAACAGACAUACCUCAACACAACCACCCCAACUCUCCAACCUGCUCCACAGCACAGCGGCGCUCACACUGCAACCCCCAGUUAACUGCACAUUCUGCCCCAGCUCAACGCGCAACGCCACCUUUGCAAUACAGGUCUCAGUAGCUUUGGUGGAGAAGAAUGCCACAAUCUGUUUACCAUCAGCCGUUGAACAAGUGACCAUGUUUCAAAUCAAACUAUAGGGAAAAUACGGUUUGCCAUGUGCCUUAGUAGUCAAGUGGUGGAUUUUAUUAAUCAGGGGCUGCUAAAAGGACACCACAGUACAUUUAUGAUUCCUAAACAUGGAUCAUAGAAUCCAAAACAGAAAGUUUAGAAUUGGGAUCGUGGUGUGUUGCAAUACCGGAUGUAUUUUGAAACAGGAAGUGAAGCAACAUUAAAAAUAUAAAUAUUUCUCACAAUAAAUACAUUUGAACAAUGAUGUGGAUUCUUACCUGAAAUAUCAUGUCGCUUUAAGGGGUCUGUCCUCCGUUCUCCCCUGCUGGUGGAACUGCGGGAGACUUGGGGGGGCUUUUAGAUCUGGACCGAGACCCUUUGUUGGAGGCAGGGGUACGUGAUCGGGACUUGCUCUUGGACUUGGACCUGGAGCGGGAACGUGACGGGGACUUUGUGGCCUUGGUCUUCCUUUUGGGCGAGGUGGACUUGGAACGAGAGUAGGAGCGGGACCUGGACCGGCUGUAUCGGGACCUGCUGUGGGAACGGGACCGACUCCUGCUGCGGGAUCGGCUACGUCUCCUCCGUCUGGGGCUGGGGGAAGCGCUAAAUAAAUGCAACGGGUUGUGUGGUUAGAAAUUAUGCAGAAUCAUACACAUUACUCAUGAUUCCCGUGGCCCCAGAAACAUUGCUACUUUUAUGGUCAACUACCAGUUAAAAACACGAUAAUCAAGUUCCACAGGAUUUGCUUUUUAUUCACUACUUUUAUUUUAAAUAAGGUAAUGUUAGAUAAUUAUUUCAGUUACAAAUGGAUGCACUAUAUUUUUCUAAAAUGGCGACGGCAAUGUGUUAACUACAUAAUCUUACCUUCUGCUACGGCGACCAUAACCUCCGCUGCUACCACCGCUUCUCCGGGGUGCCCCGCCACGCCGUCCACCACCACCAUCUCGGCCACCACCACCACCGUCGCGUCCACCACUACCGCCGCCGUGGUGAGAAUCCGGAGGGCGGCCGUAACGCGCCAUUUGCACUCGCAGCUCCCGCCCGUCGAGCAGAGCGCCAUCCAUGGCGUCCAUUGCGUCUUCGGCAUCACGUUUGUCGUGGAAUCGCACAAAGGCGAAGCCACGGCUUUCCUUAGUGUACCGAUCCCGAGGGAUGUACACAUCCCCGACACGGCCGUACUUUUCAAACACGCGUCGGAGUGUUUCUGGGGAUGUUCUGUACGUUAGGUUGUCCACCUUGAGCGACGUCAUGCCCUCGACGUCGGGCGGAGGCCUACCGUAGCUCAUCGUGUCGUCCAGCGAAACACGAGGGUAGAAACUCGACACACAGUCAGCUAAAAAUAACUAAUCUUCACCUGCGGACGGUUAACUAACCUUGAUUUACAAAAAACGAUCGAAUUCGGUAGUCUCGGAUGGAUAUUACUACGGU